CCAAUGAAAACCGCUGGUGCGCUGAAAGUGCAGCAGCAGCCUACGUGACCAUCGGCACUGGUUUUGUAAGGUGAAACGUGUUGAAAGAGCUAACAUGGCUAGCUAGCCUAGAUAGCUUGCUACGGACAGUUUACCUUCACUGAGCGGUGUGACACAUCGAAAGUCUCGCAAUAGUCAUGUUUCGUCCAGUCUGAAGAGUCCUUCAGCUCAGGUCUGGCGCUCCGCUUCGCCUCUUUGAUCCUCUUCUUACUUUUAUGGUUCAUUCCUGCGAAUUUAGGGACUUGAGUUAGCUAGCUAGCUAGACUGGGGUGCAUAGACAAACACAUUUGCUAGCUUGACUUGCUAGUAGUGAAGCGAACGUUAAUUGAGUGGCUAGUCUGGAGUUAAAGUUAAACGGUCCUUGAUCCACAAUAUGGGAUGCAUGCAUGGCCCUGUGCAGUGGUAUUAGCACAAUGUGUGUGGACACAUAGGGAAGAGCUGAUGCGCAAAACAGUGCUUGAGCUUGGGGCUGGCGUGAGUUUACCUGGUGUGGUGGCAGUGAAGUGUGGGGCACAAGUGAUCUUGUCAGACAGUGCAGAACUUCCACUGUUUCUGGAGAACUGUAGGCGCACCUGUGAAGUGAAUUUACUGCCCAAUGUGCUUGUGGUGGGUAUUACCCGGGGAGAGGUCUCCCCAGACCUUCUGCUCCUCCCUCCAUUAGACAUCUUGGGAUCAGAUGUUUUCUAUGAGCCUGAAGGCGAGUUCAGACUGACCGAUAUUGAGAAUGUCCUGGUGACCAUCUCCUUCCUCUUGAGAAAAAACCAUGAGGCCCAAUUUUGGACAACUUACCAAGAGAGAAGUGCCGACUGGUCCAUAGAGGCAUUGCUGCACAAAUGGAACUUGAAGUGUCUCAACAUUCCACUGGAGAAGUUCCAUGCCAACAAAGAUCAACUAGCUGGGGCAACACUUCCUGGAAGCCAUAAUGUACAAAUGAUUAUAACCGAGGACAAGGAAAGCUGAAUGAAAAAGACAAAAUUGUCAACUUAUCCUUCAGUUACUGCCAGCAAGGCACAGUUAAAGUCACCAAAUAGUCAAGACCCAAGGGUUCAAAACUCAAUGCAUUAUAAAAUAGUUUAAGUUGUAUAGUAGUGUUCUGUUAAAGUUUUAGAAUAAAUUGAUAACCCAAAUGUU